UGUGAUAAGUAAUAAAGUAAUUCAGUUAUCAAAAAUGCCUUGACACUGACACGUUAAAACCUUCAGCUGCAGAUUUUUAAUAAUAUAAUUGAGAUUUCGGAAGCUUAAUGUCCGGAAAAGGAUUUUUUUUCACUCCUCUAUCAAACCAAGUUGUAAUCGGAAUACUGAAACAAUCUGUAAACUAGAUAAUAUCGCGCUGAGGUGUUCUCCUUAAGUUCGUCAAAUAUUGCACAAUAAUUGUAUCAAAUUCGUGUAAUGUGGACCUGUGCAAAUGAUAAACAUAUGAAUAGUGUUCUCAAAUUGACUGAAGACAACUUUUAAAAAGUUUUACGAAGUUUGUGACUUGUUUUUAAGCAUCUUUAGUGAUUUAACUCAUGUCAAAUUUCAAGUGAUAAAGUGAGUGAAGGUCGCGUGGUACAUACGCCGAUAUUAAUUCGUCUUCAAUAUAACUAAACUUUUGAGUAAUCUUAUUGUGCCUCAUUUUCAAGUGUACUAUGGACUAUAAAAAAUAAAGUAGUUCGAAAUAAUCAGUUAAAAUGACUUCAAUACCUGAGGAUUUAAAAUGCAUUGUAGAAACUAAAGACGGACCUAUUUGUGGCUUUAUAGAUAAAAGUGAUGAAGGAACUUAUUGUAAAUUUCAAUCUAUCCCUUAUGCAAAGCCACCUUUAGGUUGUUUACGAUUCUUGCCACCAAAACCUAUAAAGCCAUGGAAACAUAUCAUUGACUGCACAAAAACAACGCCAGAAAAUAUUUUUGAAAUUGAGAAAAAACAAUAUGGUUGCAAUGAAGACUGCCUUUACAUUGAAGUAUCAACUCCUGACAUAAAACCUAAAGAGCCCAUGCCUGUUAUGUUUUGGAUAGGAUGUUUUGCCUAUGCUAUUGUAAAAGAUAAAAUAUGUGAUCCAUCCUUAAUUAAUGAUCAAAAUAUUGUAUUUGUGAGAUGUAGUUUUCGGUUAGGUCCUUUUGGUUUUCUCUCUAUAAAUGACUAUACAGCACCUGGAAAUUGUGGACUUAAAGAUUUAGUCAUGGCUUUAAAAUGGGUUCAAAGAAACAUUAGUGCCUUUGGAGGAGAUCCAAAUAAUGUUACUCUAUUUGGACAUUCCGCAGGCGGAGCCAUUGUUCAUCUUAUGAUGCUGUCUCCCAUGGCAACGGGUUUGUUUCACAAAGCCAUCAUACAGAGUGUCAGUGCCUUAAAUAAUUGGUCUUUAGCCAAAAAUCCCUCACAACCAGUAUGGGAUUUGGCAAAUAUAUUAGGCAUAAAAAAUACCUCUGAAGUAGAGGUUGUUGAAGAGCUGAGAUCUAUUUCAGCUGAGGAUAUUUUAAAAGCAUUUCAUCAAAUGAAUUUGGAUGCAAAGGCAGCUAAUACCGAUGUUAUUGAUGCUAUCUUUAAACCUUGCAUUGAACUUGACUAUGAAGGGCAACCUGCAUUUAUCACAAAAAGUCCACCCCUGAUUAUGAAAUCUGGUAAUUUCAAUAAAGUUCCCUUAAUUAUUGGCAGUAAUAACAUUGAAGGUGCCGUGCUACAAUACAUUGUAGAAGAUUUCUACUCUGACUAUGAAAAGUACAAUGAGAAUGUAAGUCUCCUUGUACCCAAAUCAUUAGCAAGAGAAGACAAGCUAGCAAAAAAUAUAGGACAUCAAUUAUUAAAAUUUUAUUUGGGUGGUGAAGAACAGUUAAGGGCUGAUACAAGAACACCAUAUUUACAAUUAAUAAGUGAUUACUAUUUUUCAUAUUAUGUUAAUAGAACUGUCAGACUGCAUACUCAGGUUGCCCCUGAAUGUCCUAUAUAUUACUACAUUAUUAAUUAUGCUGGUGAAUGGCUUGUACCAAAGCAUUUAGACUUCUUUAAUUCAGUUGGACACUGUGCAGAACUCCCAUUCCUAUUUAAAUUGAAAACCCCAGAAACUUGCAAAGGCAGUCGAGAUUCAAUACUAACCAGAAGCAGAGUAGUUAAGAUGUGGACAAAUUUUGCUAAAACCGGGAACCCAACACCAGAUGAUGAUGACCCACUUCUUCAAAUUACAUGGGACCCGGUUGAAAACAAAGAUAGACUACACUAUCUUAGUAUAGGAUCAGAGCUUACUAAGGGCAGAAACCCUUUCGAUGAAAGGAUGAAAUUUUGGGAUACACUUCACCAAGAGCAUGCUUUCCUGAGGGCACUCGUUUAUUUUAAUGACUUAGGUGUUUCAUGGUAAAUGAAUAAUGAGAUUAAGAAAGCUUGAAUGUUAAUGUAACUAGUAUACUUUUGUAAAUACAGUUCUUAUUGUUGUA